AUGCAGAAUCAAGGUUGUUCUACACAGCAAAACCUGCAACAAGAACAAAGAAGGAGUCUCCAAGUUGACACAAGUACGAAAAGAGGAGAAAGGUCCCAUUCUGCAUCCCCAGAUAAGGGCAGUGCUCCAACGUCUCCAUAUUCGGUACCACAGAUCGCUCCGCUGCCCAGCAGCACUCUAUGUCCAAUUUGUGCAACUACCGAACUAAACUCUCAUCCAAAACAGCCAAACUUCAACACUUGUACGCAAUGUCGAUCAGUAGUGUGCAAGCAGUGUGGAUUUAAUCCCAAUCCUCACAUUACAGAGGUGGAAGAAUGGUUGUGCUUAAACUGUCAGAUGCAGAGAGCUCUGGGAAUGGAUAUGACCACUGCACCACGCUCCAAAAGUCAACAACAACUACACUCCCCAUCACACCAGGCCCAAACAGAACCGCAAACAAAAGCGCAGCGACAGCCUCAAACUGAUCCGGCCCCCCAACAAGGAAGGACUACACCAAUAAAAAGAGAGCUCCCUAAAGUGCCAUCUGCUGCAGAAAAUAAGCCUGAGACUAAGGUGCAACCAAGUGAACGUGAGAAACACAGACCGAUAGCGAAUAAGUCUGAAUUGCAGCCGGUUGUCCAACCACAACUGGUUCCCCAGCCUGAGGCAACCAGGCCAGCUGGUAAGAGCCAACAAACUGUCCCUGCAGAACAAAGACGAACAACAGAUGGUUCACCAGCAAGAACACAAGCAGGGCCCUCCAGUAUAUCCCAAGAUCAGGAGGGCAUUACUGGUAAACUCUUUGGGUUUGGAACUUCUCUUUUAAGCCAGGCCACCAGCCUUAUAUCCACACAGCCAGAACAGAUGUCACAAAGUCAGCAAUCACCUGCUAAAGGCUCUGCAGCUAAACAGGCUCCAAAAAUAAUUUUCAGUGAUCAAAGCACAGAAUUGAGCUCAAAGUUGCAGAGUUCAACACCGGGAUUGCAAGUUAAAACUGAAGUUGUCUCUGCAGCUAAACAAGAAAAACCAGAGCCAGUCAUUAAACAAAAAGAAGUCAACAAGCCCAAAGUAUUGUGCCCUCUCUGUAAAACAGAACUGAAUGUGGGAUCAAGUCAGCCGCCCAACUUCAAUAAUUGUACAGAAUGCAAAGUUCAAGUGUGCAACAUGUGUGGUUUCAAUCCAACGCCACACCUGGUAGAGAAAAAUGAAUGGCUUUGUUUGAACUGUCAGACCAAACGACUGAUGUCUGGAAAUUUGGGAGAUGCACCACUUCCUGUCCCAUCACUAGCAUCAAAGCAACAACCAUCGAUGUCACCACAGCAUCAAACAGGGCCAACGGGCGUCAGUGUGCAACAAAAAAAAGGGAUUAGCCAACAGCAAGCUGGCCCUGCCCAGCAACAGAAGGUCCCUGUAGCAUCAAGUCAACAAUUAUCUCAGCAUAAGGAAACACCAACUGCUAAACCAGGCCAACCCAUGCAAACGAAGCAACAGGCUCCAUUGAUUGUGGAUAAGCAACAUCCUCAGCAAAUGCAUCCUGGGCAAAGCGAGGCCCAGGCUGCAAUCCCAAACAAAUCACAGUCACCAAGGGAGAAGCCAAAGCCUGCAGUACAGAGCACUGCAGUACCUGCUACAGCAAAAGUGAUCAGUGCAGACAAAACGGUUGACCCUUCUUCUAAGGAAACCUCCCAAGCAGCUGAACUACAGAAAGCAAAAAUUCAAGAGGAGUUGAAUAAAGGCUAUCCUCAAGAACUUUCACGUAGCCCACAGAGUUUAAGUGAUACAGGCUACUCGUCUGAUGGCAUCUCUCAGAGUGAGGUUACAACAUCAGUGCACCACGAGGCACAAAAGCUAAACGAGUCUGGUCAAGUGCAGCAGAGUCCAAAGAGCCCUUCAGAAUUUAACAAGUUGGAGAGCAGUGUACAGCCAUUGCUGGAAUCCCAAAGUAUUCAAGAUAAGGCUAAAAGAGGAAGGACUGCUCAAAGUUCAAGUGAAGAACAAAGAGAGGGGCAUAGACCCCGAUCACUUUCAAUUACGCCAGAGUCUUAUAGUUCAGAUGAAGAGCUUGAAGAUAUACAAGAAGAGGAUGAAGACACUUUUGAAUUGGACAACCAAAGUGAGCGAAGAGAAAGCCUGGAAUCCUUGGAUGAAUUUGGCAGGAAACUGCAACAUGGCUAUGUUGAAGACCGUAGUGGAAGUGCAAUAUCAACUCCCCAUGAUAAGACCAUACAACCUGGACCAGAAUUAACAGAUGAAGAAUUUAUGCGAAGGCAGUUGUUGGAAAUGAGUGCAGAAGAGGAUAAUGUCUCUGUGGAAAAUGAGGAGUUGGACAGACGUGCUAAACGUGUUAGUAUGAAGAAGAGUCAGAAACAUAUUUUAGAGUCCAGUAAACAAAGCCCUUCAAAGCAACAUCUGGAUCCCAGUACAAAAGAACAUGAAGAUACAUACAGGGAAUCCCUAAAUCAUGCAGAAGAGGACGCAGUGGGAGAACCAGCUGGGCUACGACGCUUCAAGACUAUUGAUUUGAACACUACAAACACUUAUAUCAGCAGAGAUGUUGAAGGUGGUAAUGAAACAGACCUCAGCAUUGAUAGAGAACCUGAACUUGAAAUGGAAAGUUUGACUGGGUCACCAGAUGAAAAAUCAAAGGGUGAAUACUCGUCCACAUUGCCACCCUCAACACCUACUUUUUCAUCAGGCACUUCACCAACAUCUGUCUCCUCAUUGGAAGAGGACAGUGACAGUAGUCCAAGUCGGCGACACAGACUUGAAGAGGUGAAACAGCAGAGAAAGGCAAGACAUCGAUCACAUGGCCCUUUGUUGCCAACUAUUGAGGACUCUUCUGAGGAAGAGGAGCUACGAGAGGAAGAAGAACUGCUUCGAGAGCAGGAGAAGAUGCGUGAGGUGGAACAACAUCGCAUUCGAAGUACAGCACGUAAAGCAAAAAGGGAUAAAGAAGAAUUAAGGGCACAGAGAAGACGUGAAAGAUCCAAAACACCACCAAGCAACCUUUCUCCAAUCGAGGAUGCUUCUCCCACAGAAGAAUUACGCCAAGCUGCAGAAAUGGAAGAACUCCACCGGUCAUCUUGUUCUGAGUAUUCACCCACGAUUGAUUCUGAAGCUGAGGGCUUUGAAAUAACAGCCUGCAGAUUAUACAAGUCUGGGAGUGAAUACAACCUCCCAUCGUUUAUGUCCUUGUAUUCUCCAACUGAAAAAUCAACUACCAGUAGUUCUUCAGUAAAUCAAAAACCAUUGAAAAGUGCCGAAGAAGCAUAUGAAGAAAUGAUGAGGAAAGCUGAAAUGCUAAAGAGCCAGCAGCCGGUGCAGACAGUAGCUUAUGGCAGUUCUUACCAGCAAGAUGAUUACAUGCAGAAUAAUUACAAGUACCAAUCUUCAGAUGUCUACACUUACUCGAACAAUGAAAUAACGCUAUCUCAGACAAGCUUACAAGGUGAGCUUCAGAAAGCAGAGGCAUAUGAGGUCACUGUGAAAACUGUUGCACAAACUCCCAAAUUGUCCCGUUCGCCAUCGCUGGAGCUCCGCCUGCAGCAACAAAAUGCUCAAUUACAAAACCUUGAGAGGUCUUUUCAGGAAAAGAAGCUUCUUGAUGCACAAAGUGCUUAUACGGAAUUAGCAAAGCAAACAGACGCACUUCUUACACCUGGAACGAGCCCCACCCAGUCAUCUGCACCAAUGUCUUUUAUUUCAUCCCAAGCUAAUAGAGGCAUCCCUGAUGUUCGGGUAACUCAGUAUUUCAUGAGAGACGUGCAAGACCAAAGCCAGACUGCAAUAUCAGUUGGAACAAAGGUUGACAGCUCACAGAUUGUAACAGCCUCUUACACAACAUACAACAAAAAAUCGGCUGUGACUGUGGCCACUGCAAUAGUAAGUCAGUCCUCGAUGUCUGCACGAUCUUCUCCCAUAGAUCGAAGUAUGGGAUACAUCCAAGUCAGGCCGUCAGAUCCGGGAAUUUCAACACCAUAUUGCUCUCAAAAUAAUAUCUCAGGGGGUAAGAAAUUCAGUGAAUCCCAUGGGGCACCAAAUCUUGAUGGAGCAUCCACACAGACCCCUGGGAGCUUUUUCAAAACUUCGAGCCCUGAGGAGGCUCUAUCCCCAUCCUCACAGAGAGCAGUAGCCAGAACUGACAUGCCAACAAUUUCCCUAUCCGGUGAUAAAUCCACCACAGAAUUCUCAACACAGACUUCCAAUGCCAGAGUUGUCUUGCCUUCCAAUGUGCCCAUGGCCUCAUCACCUUCCACAAUGAUGGCUCAGGGUACUCAGACCUCAGGGAGGUCACCCCGACUCACUCGGCAAAUAUCGUCUCCUGAGUCCACGUGCAUGGUUGUUACUCUGGCAGCAAAUGUUUCAUCCUCCGCCCAGCCAUUAGCUGUCAAUUCAUCUGUGUCACCAAAUGUCUCACCAACUCGAUUAAAUCGACAACAAACGUUGCAUGGUUGGACUCAGUCAGUAGCUGCUUCAACACAACAUGUUCAACAGCCUAUGUAUGCCAAGUCUUCAUCACAGACUGAUAGAAUACCCACUCAGAGAGGACAGAUAUCUUCAACUGUUGUCACAACUUCUACUGUGCUUGGUCAAGGUGUGAUUCCUCUGGAAAAUACUUUCAACAAAGCAUCAUGGAUGUACCAGAAUGCAAAUGCAAAUAUAAACUCAGUGGAAGUUUCAAGGACAUGUAGCUCUAUAGUAGAUCUCCGAACAGCUGCUAAAUCACCUCCUGUCAUCAUAACAGAUCAUGGAAUGGAUUUGACAUCUUUAGCUACGGAAAGUAGAAAAUAUUCACUUGAAUCAGACCAGCUUCCAUGUCGUCAGUCCACUGCUGUGCAGCCAUUAAUCAUGAAUCUUAAUAUGCAGGAACAUCCAAAUGUAAAUACGACGGUGGGCGUAACAAUAACAUCAUCAAUGCUUAUUUCCCAAUCCAAAGUACCAAAAAUAUAUGGAGAUCCUUUCCAGAAUCUCAUGGAUCUCGGUCACGGCACAGCCACAGCAAUCUGUCUCUCUCAAGCAAAACAGCUUGAAUCAAUGGUCCAGCCCAUUACUGUAACAGAAAGUGGAACCAAUACAGAUAUGGCAAUAAUCACAACAAAAUCAGGCUUUUCGAGUCAAAUCCAGCCACAUUUUGCUAGAUUUAACUUAGCUAACCAAAUGACUCCAGUGCGUAAACUGGACAUGUUUGUGAAUCAGAGCAACAUUAAUAACGCCAUUAGUGUUAGUGCCAUGCCUAGACCAGGACCUCAUGAUAGUGACUUUGUCACUUCACAGGUACACCAAGAAGCAUCAUUGGAAUUAAAGCCAUCUGCUCCUCCAGCAAACGCGCUUGGAGUGAAAGCACACACAAUGGUGCAGCUGGAUAGCACAGCAGCUGGCCCAGUUACAAAGCUGAUCACACAAGAUCCUCCUCCAAAUGCUCUGGAUUUGACUGGAUCCAAACCAGAAAGGGCUGUUUGCUGUGAUGUUGUGUAUAAAUUUCCUUUUGCUGGUAGCUGCACAGGGUCAUUUAACUCAGGCACCCAGGUCUCAGAACAAGCAAUGGCUGAACCGCGGCUCAGUGACAGGAAUAUUGCUCCGAAGUACUAUGACAACAGAGCUCAGGAGCCUGUUGACAGUUACCAGUAUAAAGAGCCCAUGGCUAGUUACCAGGAGGGUUCUAAUUUGUACAAAGAGCACAAAACGUUCCCUCAGGUGUUUUCUGGGCGACUACAUUCGUCUAUGUCAGACUCUAAUUUGUUAGAAGCUAGUAUUAAUUACAAUCUAAUGAAGGACGAACCUUUUUACCACCCGCCUGGAGGAGAUGCAGCUGUAGAUCUGAGUACAAUGAGACAGUCCUACAGUUUAUCUUUCGGUCAGGGAAGGGAUUGGGAGCUUGGAAUGCAGUAUGGUUCCUUCACUGAUCUGAGACAGCAGUCAGAUAUCCUCAGCCAACCCACACCAAUUCGAAGAUAUAGUUCAAUGUCUAAUAUUCAUUCUGGUUAUGGCUACUCAAUGCGAGAGGAUGUGCCAAAUUUUCAAGAGGCUAGUUUGGCCCAAUACAGCGCGACCACUGCUCGUGAAAUUAGCAGGAUGUGCGCAGCUCUAAAUUCCAUGGAUCACUACGGAACACGAUACACAAACAGCUCUGACUCCCUCCAGUAUGGACCGGCCGGGCGAAAUGCUCACUGCAGUGAACUCGCUAGAAACAGUGCAAUGUCACACCAUCAAGGAAUGCCGCCACUAAAACAAGACAUGAUGUAUCAUCCAAACCUGGCUGACUCUCGGCGUCGGAUUGCGGUGCAUGGCUUUGGCAACAUGCCGCAAGCGGUACGUUUGAGAGCCAUUAGGCACAUGUAUCCUUCAGUGGCUCCUGUGAGAGCACCUGAUGGCAUGAUUUACUCUACAAUCAACACUCCGAUUGCUUCCACUCUCCCUAUUACAACACAGCCAGCCUCGAUCCUGUGUCCAAUGUUAAGGGGCGUUUACAGGCCCAUCUUACCUAGUAACAUCGCAGCCGUGCCACUGGCCAGGUUGAGCAGACUUCCUCUUGUUGCACCAAGGAUGCCUGCUGCAGCUCCUGGGCUGUACCGUUAUCUGCCUCCAAGCAGGUUUCCAGCUGCUCCUACAACUUCUGCUGGGGAAGCACCUAUAUAUCUUGGGAAGGCUGGAACAGCGCCCGGUAGUAAUUUCCGGACUGGAGGUGUAAAUAUAAGUCAGCUUGGGCCGGGUCAGACCACGCAGAGGCCAGAACAAAGUGGUAUUCCUCAGCACAGUGCUUCAGCUCCUGUGACUCAGAAGUUUGUCUGCGAUGCUAACCAGUUUAAGCAGCAGGCUGACAUUGGUCUUAUCCAGCAGCAGCAGCAGCAACUCCAGCAGCAGCAGCAAGUGCAACCACAGCAAUCACAAGUGCAAGUCCAACAGCAGCAGCAAUUACAGUCACAACAAGUGCAACAGCAACAAGUUCAACAGCAGCAAUUACAGCCGCAGCAAGUGCAAUCACAAAUGCAGCAGCAGAUACAACAGCAGCAGCAAAUGCAGCCACAGCAAGUGCCACAGCAACAAGGUCAACAACAGCUACAAGUUCAACAGCCGCAGCAAGACCAGCAACUGCAGCAACAGCUGCAAGCAGAACAGCAACUUGAACAACAGAAAGAACAACAGCUACAAAAGCAACUGCAGCAGCUGUUGCAGCAGCAACUGCAGCAACAAAAGCAACAGGAAGCCCAGCAAAGUGACACUGCAAGGUCUGGUGCUGGUAGAAGGAAGCACGAAGAUAAAGAGGAAGAGCAUCAGCGAAAGCAGCAGCAAGACCACAUGCUGCUUAUUGAGCGGGAACGUGUGGAGUUGGAAAAGCUGAGGCAUCAGCGUCUGCAGGAGGAAUUAGAACGCCAGCGCCUGGAGUUGCAGCGCCAUCGGGAGAGUGAACAAAUCAUAGUGCAACGCGAGCUUCAGGAGCUGCAGACCAUCAAGCAGCAAGUUUUACAUCAACAGCAGGAGGAAAGGCAGGCCCAGCUUGUGUUACAACGAGAGCAGUUGGCACAACAAAGGCUGCAGCUGGAGCAGAUUCAACAGCUCCAACAGCAACUGCACCAGCAACUGGAAGAGCAGAAAGUUCGAAAUACAGUAAGUUUCCCUGCAGUUUGUGACCCUUCAGGCAGGAUUAAUCCACACAGCAUGUCGGAGAUGGCUAUUGAAAUGCAAAGGACUAUAGCUCAGAACGGGCAGUACUGGCCUGUGAACCAGCCGUACAUAGAAGGCGGCCCUGUUGCCACUACUACUCAAGAAGCAUACGUAUCUCCACAUCACAGAGCAUUUAUAGAAGCACCACAACGAUCCACUUCUGAACUGUCUCUUCGAACUGACGAGCACUGGGAAAGUCGAGCCAUUAAGAAGCGCAACUCGGUGCCGAGACUAAGAGAUGCUUACGAGGGAGAUGACACAUCCUUACGUGAUCAGUAUGUAGUUAAGAAAAUAGCAGACUGUAGUGUACAGACUGAUGACGAGGAAGGUGAAGAAGGCUACUACAUCUCCCGUCGGAGAAGAACAAAGCGGAGUGUCGAUUGCAGUGUACAGACAGAUGAUGAAGACAAUGGAGAAUUGGAACAGCCUACACGUAGACGCCGUUCCAGGUUCUCAAAACAUUCAGAUUCGAGCACAGAGCACAAGCGAGAAGCUUCAAAGGGGACCUCGAGUAUUGCCAUACAAACGGUCAAUGAUUGCUCUGUCCAGACAGAUCAAAAUGAGCUAGGACCAGUUUCUCCUGCCAUUCACAUCAUACCUGAUCCACGAGUGGAAAUUGUAAGAUACAUAUCUGCCCCUGAGAAAACCUACAAAGGAGAGAGUCUUGCUUGCCAGACGGAGCCAGAAGCACAGUCACAAGGCAUUGUUGUCCCUCAGUUUGCAAUUCCAACUACCAUUAAUCCCUACUCUACUAACAUACAGAUUGUAACAUCUGGCCCACUAGACCAAACCAAUAGCAGGCAGCAGGGAAUUAUGAUUGUCCCAAAGGCUGAGAAGAAGAAACCAGAUCCUUUGGAAAUAGGAUAUCAGUGUCACCUCCCGCCUGAGCCUUUGCCUCAAAUGACUCGCCAGCCUCCAAAGUCUCCACAGGUUCUAUACUCACCUGUCUCACCACUGUCCCCACAUCGGCUUUUAGACACAUCCUUCACUUCAAGUGAGAAGUUAAACAAAGCCCACGUUACUCCUCAAAAACAUUUCACCACUGAAUCACCUAAACGACAGCCAAGCCUGCCUCGGCCAAUCAAAGUCAUGCAGCGCUCCAUGUCUGACCCGAAGCCUGUCAGCCCGACCUCUGAUGAAUCUGGGAAACCUCGAUUUUUUGCUCAACAUCAACAGCAGACCCUGCAUGGCAGUCAGAUUGGAAAUUUGCAGCAGAGCACUAUGAAGAAAGUGAAAAGGACCCUGCCCAGUCCUCCACCUGAAGAAAUCAUACAUGGCAGUGCACAACUUCAUCCACAGCUGUUUGGAACCUCCCUUUCCCGGAAACGGGGAACUCUACCCGACCAAGUCACUCGUGAUAGACUCCUUAAGGAUAUCAGCCAUGAGCUGGAGAAAGUGGAGCAAGAAUCAAACAAACUCCAGAAGAAACAGGCAGAGCUCGAUGAAGAAGAAAAGGAAAUUGAUGCUAAGCUCCGCUACAUAGAACUGGGAAUUAAUCGUAGAAAAGAAACCUUUGUCAAAGAACCGACGAAGCGAGAUGUGGGAUAUGUACGAGGCUUGGGAGAAGACAGAGAUUAUAUGUCAGACAGUGAAGUCAAUAAUAUCCGAAUACCUUCAUAUAAUAGCAACAAUGUCUUAGCCAGGCCACAAACUGCCCCAGUUAAUCAAUAUUCUGAAUUCUCAAUGGCACAGCACCCAACCACAUCAUCACAGUACCCUCCGUCACAGACCACUCCUCAGGGUUUGACAAAUUACCAAACUGCAGGCUAUCAGCCAUCCCAUUACCCAGUUCCCAACAGUUACCAAUCACAAAGCAAUCUUCAGUCUCACUCCACUUUACAUUCUCAAAACACUUGUCAGCCACAUGCAUAUCCCCAGAACACAAACUACCAGACUGACAGCAGUUUACAGAAUGUACCUGGACUUCAACCAUCUCAUCAAUACCAAGCUCCUAGCACUUAUGCAAAUCAGGCUUCGUUUCAGUCUGGCCAUAAUGCUCAGUAUCAGCAACAGGAAAACAUCUUGUCACAACAUCAGAAACCUCGGCAGACAUCAUUAGCAGAUCUUGAACAGAAAAUACCCACCAAUUAUGAAGUAAUUGGUAAUCCAAAUGCAAUUAUUUCUGCUACUCCAACAGAGAAAAUUUACGCAUCCACAACGAUGAGUAACAGUUAUGACCAGUAUAAGAAUGCAGAGGUGAGAGUUGCUGAUAGUGGAAAUGCAAUAGAAAGUCCUUCAACUAACUAUUCAGCGGACUCUCUGUAUACAAACCUAGAGCACAAUGUUUCUCGUAAUUAUGUUAUGAUUGAUGAUAUCAGUGAAUUGACCAAAGAGAAUACCUCAGCAUCAGAAAGCCAGAAAGUAGAUCAGCCCACUCAACAUAGUAGUUCAAGGCAUGCUAAAGAAAAGAAUAACUUUCCAGAGCCAACCAAUUCCAUUAGAACACAUGCUUACAAUAAAGCAGAUGAUGAAUCAGAGGAAGACAUGUAUGACGUCCAGGUAUCAGACCAUCGAGGGAAGAAUGGAUACCAAAGGAAUUCUGAUAGCCAUAACAGAAUAUCAAAUUCUUCAAGUGGAUAUUACUAUGCAGAUAACAAUCACAGACAUUCCUCCCGCACAGACAAACACAACUCGUCUUAUGGGUCUCAAAAGCAUUCAUCAAAACAAAUGGCUCCUGCUGUAGUAUCUGCCAAGCGCAGCAAACACAGAAAGCAAAACAUAGAACAGAAAAUUUCAAAGUUUUCUCCGAUAGAAGAAGCCAAAGACGUGGAAUCUGAUUUUGCUUCAUAUACUGUCACGACUUCAGCUGCAGGAAGUAAUGUAAUUCUUAGGGCGCAGAAGCUUCAGGAUGAAAUAACGUAUGGUCUGAAGAAAAAUAUUUAUGACCAGCAGAGAUAUUCUGGACACAUUAGUAGAGAAGCAAUGGACGAUUCAGAGAGAGGAUACAGCAAUGGCAACAGAUCAAGGUCAUCUUCAAUGUAUGGAAUGGAAAAAGCAGGCAAAGAGGCAGCAAGUCCAAGGAGUAAAUCUUACGAGAGAGACACAGUGGAGAGGUCUCAAAAGAUGGGAAUGGGCCAUAGUCGAGGCCGGGCUCCAAUGAAAUCCCAGGCAUCUGAAGAGGAAAGUCCUCUGAGCCCAAUGGGAAACCAGAUGCAUGGGGCACGGACCUCGCGAGAAUCACACCCACCAAAUGUUGUAGAUAGUAGAUCCCAAUUUGGCUCCAGCCAUUCCCUGCCCGAUGUUCAGGAUGUGAAAGAGACAUCACGUAGCCAUACCUACAGAGAAGACGAUGGUUACGUCAUGGAUGAUAUGCACUGUGCUGUUUCUGACAGCGAAGCCUAUCACUUGGGCCAAGAGGAGACAGACUGGUUCGAAAAGCCAAGGGAGCGUUCCAGGCAUUACGGUGGACAGUCUUCAUCGCAGAGACGCAGUCACCGAAACCACUCGCGCCACAACUAUGAGGAGCCACCAGCAGAUGAUACCUGGCAACAAUCAGAGCGCUCACAGUCACGAUACUCCUCAAAGGAUCAUCAGAAGCAGUCUGCGUACCAGUACGGAGAGCCAGCCCGACACUCUUCGCGCCACACGGGUGACGAGCCUUCCCGCAAGUCAUCAAGGCAGCAUCCGAAAGAGCAGCAUCGCCAAGAGUCGCGGCAAUAUUCCCAGCAGCCUUCGCAGAGGAGAGGCCAGCCGGCAGAGCAGAGAUCUCAGCGGGAUCCUCACUUGGGUUCUGCCGAGUGGACCCAGCCUCGAUCAACCGGGCAUCACUCGGACGCUGAGCCGUCGCGACCACAGAAGCACUCACAGCAGCAGCACACAGCUAGAAAGCAGUCGGAAUCUCCUCAGCAACAAGGCCGGUCUCAGCACAGCCAGCCUCCAUCAUCGAGGAGUCAUUCGCAGCAGCAAGUGCGGCAGUCACCAUCACAGCAGGCGCGGCCUGCAACGUCGCAGCAAAGAGCGACACCAGCGCAGCAGCAGCAGCAACCACGCCAAGCUCAACUGCAGCAACAGGCAAAGCACGUGCAGCAACCACAAGCUCAGCAGUCACAACAGCAACAUCCAGGGCCAACCCAACAGCAGCAACAGGCACAGCAACAACAACAACAGCCACAACAGCAGCAGCAGCAGCAACCUCAGCAACAACAACAGCAACCACGGCAGCAGAGUCUUCAGCAACCAGCAGGUCAACACCAGCCUCCGAGCCAGCCACAGGCACAACAACCACAGACAAGGCCUGCCACCACCAUGGUAAUUUUUACUCAUGGCUCUAAUUGUCAGGGCUAA